GCAACGGGACGGGAAGAGGAGCUCGAUCGUAUUUGGCUCGCGAGGCGCGGCCACUCUCUCGCACUGUUCGAGCUGUGGCUCCAUCGCUGCUGCUGCUGCUGCUUCUUCCUCCUCUUCUUCUUCAUAAUCUGCGGAGUCAAGAAUCGUGAUUCGGAUUCUUCGACGCGGUUCUUAAAUGAUUUCGGAUAUCGAGGACUCAGUGCAGCGCGGAGGCGAAGGCCGAGCGAGGGCGUCCGGCGAAUUCGGCUCGGUGACGAUGCGAAGUGGUCAAAUUUGAGCAGAUCUGGUGGUCGGUUUUGUGGUAUGUCCGCCUGAGAGUGCAGGAGGCAUUCUGAGAGCUCCACUCUGUCGGGUUGGCGUCACAUGCGGGAGGACGGCCGCGAAUCAUGAUGAACACUCGCCGAGAUUACCGCAAUCGCAAUUCUCUGUUCGACAGUUUGGAGGAAGGUGGCUUGAGACCAGCUUCCUCAUACUCGACCAGCGAAAUUGCAGAACAGGAGAAUGACCGGGGAAUAGAUGAUCUCAGUGAUAGAGUGAACGUGCUGAAGAGGCUGACAUCUGAUAUCCAUGGCGAGGUGGAUACUCACAAUCGGCUGCUGGAGCGCAUGGAACAAGAUAUGGAUUCUUCAAGAGGAAUGCUCUCUGGAACAAUGGAUCGCUUCACAAGGGUCUUCGAAACGAAGUCAGGGAGAAACGUUGUCACUAUAGUUGGAUCUUUGGUGAUUGUGUUUCUUCUAGUUUACUACUUGACAAAGUGAAAAGGGAGUCCCAUUGGUUUGUGUUAUUAUAACAGGGAACUUGUUUCUGUAGGGCUGCUUUUAGCCACAACGGCAGUAACAAUGAAUUGAUGUGUGAACAAAGUACCUACUUAAAGGGCAGAACUUUGGAGUACAUCUACAUGCGUUGGCAAUAGAUAUGAAAGAUCAAUUAAUUAUCUGCUGAUUUCAUUUCUUCCUAACCACUGACUCACCGUACCGUCGUCACUCAGUGUGAUCGAAGAUUGAUGGUUACUAGGAGCGAUACAAGAACAAGUGACGAUAUGUAGGCUAAUUUUGGCAAUGUCAGUUGAACCACGUUCCAAAGGGACGGUGUUGAGAUUUCUACUGUAGGUGCGUAUGUGUUUCGGCCGCUGAUGUACCCGAUGUCCGUUCUUAAUGUAAAACGGAAACAAACGACUUAAUAUUAUUACAGAAGUCAAAUGCUCAUCAUACUAAAAAGCAGGGAAUAUUAAGUUGAUCGCCUUAGGCCGCCAAUUAUUUUACUCCCUUUUGGACGGACAUCUACUAUCACGAGGUAUCUUGUUGUCGAAAGCUGAAAUGUUGUGAGACCUUUUUGAACCAAUUUGUUGUAUUUGAUUAUAAAGAUAUGUUCCGAGACUGGCGUUGGUCGACCCG